CUUAAUUAACAGCUGAUUUUAACUGAGUCCCCGGUAAUUAAAAAAUAUACAAGGACAUAACGACAUAUAAAAUGCAAGUCCUCUGACAGCAAAAGUCCACAUUUCAGACGAUAUGGAAACUAGCACAUCAGCGCAAGCCGCGUUCGCCGUAACAGAGGAUCGCGUAAAAAAAAAGAAACGUAUAUUAAAAGCUGCGGAAUAUGCAAGUAUUUGUAGCUUCAUACAGCAGUAUCAGGGGCUUGCUAUUGACUGUGAAAUGGAAAUGGCAAAUCGCCUAUUUCCAGAUAUUGAACGGCUAACGCUAAAAAGUAUUCUACAGACAGAAUUAGCAACACGAAUGCGGGCGCAACAUUGGCAUUUCGAAGCAAAUGCAAAGAAGUACCUGAAAAGCUUUGAAGAUCAAGUGGACACACAUCCAGGCCCAACGCUACUGCUAAAAAUCGCUUGCAUGGAAGGCAUGAGUCCAACAACACUCUGUCGCAUUAUUUUGCUGGAGAAGUACAAAUUUGAACAUAAAUCCGAACUAAGUCGCCUGCUAAAACAUCCACAUCUCAUUGAAGAUCCGAAGCUAGCAGCAAACGUGGCGCAGUGUAUGUGCAGCGAUUCGCAAGACGGACCGCUUGUUGAUUUACGCCGACGCAUUUUGGGUGAAGAGUACGAAUUUAAGAUGAAAAAGAUGGCCAAAGCCGUUAAUAUGCACUACUAUGAUGAAAACGAUUUGCGGCGCCUGGGCUACGAUAAAACACCUGAUAUUAAAAUGAUAGUGCCUUUCUUGUAUAAAGGCGAAGUAGUAAAUUGGAUUGAAAGUAAGGCGACAUUCGGCGAUGUUAAGACACAUAAAUGGUACAUACAGCAGCAGCUGUAUAGCUAUAGUAAUCGUUUUGGCGCCGGUAUUGUGAUUUAUUGGCUAGGAUACCACGAAGAUACCCCGCUUAUUACGGACAAUAAUGUAGGCAUCAUUGUGUUGGACGACUUUCCAGCUCAUGAGCAUAUGGUUUUCUUAAAUUUGUCGAAUGAAGAUACACCGUACAGAGAAACUACACGAAGCAGCACACUAGAGCCUAGUAUUAACAAAUCUAUAUCAUAAUUUUUUUAAUUAAACUUUAAAUACUCAGGUUUGUGUAGUUUAAAAUCUUGUAUACGCCGUUAUGGUGUAUGGCAUUUAUGUAUUUGUUUUUAUUUGCUUAUUUUAAUUUAUUCAGGUAUUUCAAGAUAU